AUGAGUGAAACCGUACGGGCGCAAGAAAUACCCUUUGGAUGGAUAGUAGGACCAGAGGAGCUUCAAAUACACCUCUUUCGACCCUACAUCACCGAAAGCCGAGCAAAGUUCUUAGACCGAAAAGCUCGGCAACUUGUAAUUGGAUUGAAAGAGCACCCAGAGGAUGCAUCCGGCCUUCAGGAAGAUUUUCGAGAAAUGAUGGACAUGCUCAACGGCAAUUACAUGAUUUUAUGCGGCCAAGAACACCUCGGCAGCGAAUACCACGUAACUCGAAUCCUGGAUACCUUCACACAGGUGGCUGCCACCAGUCACGCCGGAGUUCCGCCUCAAUUUUCGGCGUUCUGGCAAUCCUACCUAUGCCCACUUGUUGAAGUUGCCACCCCAGAAGAUCUCGCUUCUAUGCGCGCACAGUGCUCACCUGCUUUCUGGGCUGCGAUGGUUGCAGAAGCAAGUGGGGUUUCGUCGAAAGCGGAUGGAAACACAGUCAGUGCUGCAGCAGUCCAGACUUGGAGCUUGACUGGUUCUCCACGAGCGUCAUCUUGUCGUCGCUGCCGUGACAUGCAUUUUACGUGUCUCGAGACAGGAGACUCAGAGGAACGGCGAUGUCGGCUUUGCUGCAUCGAUGACCAUUGUUGUAGCAUCAGUUCAAUACCUCCUGAAGAUCAACGAGCGCUCGGACUGGCUGUCGCGGGCAUUGAAAAGCUGACGGGCCAACAGAAGAUGAUCAUAUCACUCGUCGCCGAAAUGACGGCUGCGAGGAAAGAAUUAGUCCUGUUUGCCCGAGAUCAGCGAUAG